GUUUUAGGACUUUUUGACACCCAGAACCAGAAUCUGAGCUUUGAACCAGUUAAAAGGCCGUUAUUGAAGCGUUUUACCCAAUUCCCAAAAGGCAGCCCCGGACGAGAGGUUCAUCGGAAAAUUAUAGAGUCCUGAAACAAUGUCCUUCAAAUUCUUCCUUAUUUUGACCUUCCUACAUUUGUGCACCGCUGAAACCUCCUGUCUUCUAACAUGGGUAAAGAAGUUUCACAAAACGUCCAAACCAGCUACUGGGCGCACGUACACCCGCUGUUUGCCAAAAUGUCAGAAAAAAGGGCUCUGCAUAGAAGAUGAGAAACUGUGCCUCCCAACCCUUGACGAGAAGUGUCGCAAAUGCCUUGAAGGAUGCCUUAAAGGAAAGAAAAGGUUUUAAAAUUAACAAGGAAAACCACAAUUACCUUGGACAAGGCUUUAUAAGAUUGAGUUUGCAUGAUAUUUUCCCACAAUUCAUGAGAAGUAAAUGUUGCGUGCAUAUAAUC